CGGGGGCGCGCGCCGGCCUGACGGACAGACGGACGGACAGACGGACGGAGCAGCCGAGGCGAGCGCGCAGCUCGGACCCGCCCGGACGCAGCGCUCGCCCGGCGGCGGCGGCGAUCACCGGCGCCGGUCCGGCGGCCGCGGCGCCCGCCCUCGCCCGCGCCCCAUGGGGUCACAGAGUCUGUGGAACAGCACCACCAAGACUUCCAGAUGAACAACCGGAAGGAAGACAUGGAAAUCGCGUCCCACUACCGGCACCUGCUCCGCGAGCUCAACGAGCAGAGGCAGCAUGGCGUCCUGUGUGACGUGUGUGUCGUGGUGGAGGGCAAGGUCUUCAAGGCCCACAAGAACGUCCUGCUCGGCAGUAGCCGCUACUUCAAGACGCUUUACUGCCAGGUGCAGAAGACGUCGGACCAGGCUACGGUCACGCACUUGGACAUCGUCACGGCCCAGGGCUUCAAGGCCAUCAUCGACUUCAUGUACUCGGCCCACCUGGCCCUCACCAGCAGGAAUGUCAUCGAGGUGAUGUCCGCGGCCAGCUUCCUGCAGAUGACGGACAUCGUGCAGGCCUGUCACGACUUCAUCAAGGCCGCGCUGGACAUCAGCAUCAAGCCCGAUGCCUCGGAUGAGCUUGCGGAGUUCGAGAUCAGCGCCCCCCCUGGCAGCAGCACGGACGCGCUCAUCUCGGCCGUGAUGGCCGGAAGGAGCAUCUCGCCGUGGCUGGCCCGGCGCACGAGCCCCGCCAAUUCCUCCGGAGACUCGGCUAUCGCCAGCUGCCACGAGGGGGGCAGCAGCUACGGGAAGGAGGACCAGGAGCCCAAGGCCGACGGUCCCGAUGACAUUGCCUCGCAGUCGCUGUGGCCGGGCGACGUGGGCUACGGGUCUCUGCGCGUCAAGGAAGAGCAGAUUUCGCCGUCUCACUACGGAGGGAGCGAGCUGCCCUCCGCCAGGGAUGGCGCGACGCAGAACCCUUUCUCCGAGCAGGCGGGAGGCGACGGCUGGCAGCCCGCGGGCCGGAGGAAGAAUCGGAAAAACAAGGAGACGGUCCGGCACAUCACGCAGCAAGUGGAGGACAGUAGCCGGGCCGGCUCCCCCGUGGCCUCCUUCCUUCCGGCGUCCGGGUGGCCGUUCGGCAGCCGAGACUCAAAUGCGGACUUGACGGUCACGGAAGCCAGCGGCACGGACAGCCGCGGGGAGAGGGCUGAGCUCUUUGGCCACAUGGACGAGGGUCUCCUGGGAGGAGAAGCCAGCUACCUGGGCCCGCCCCUGACCCCGGAGAAAGAGGAAGCCCUGCACCAGGCCACCGCGGUGGCCAACCUGCGGGCAGCACUCAUGAGCAAGAACAGCCUGCUGUCCCUCAAGGCCGAUGUGCUCGGGGACGACAGCUCCCUGCUGCUGGACUACCUGCCCAAAGGCACCCACUCCCUGUCCCUGAACGAGUUCACGGUGAUCAGAAAGAAGUUCAAGUGCCCCUACUGCAGCUUCUCGGCCAUGCAUCAGUGCAUCCUCAAGCGCCACAUGCGCUCCCACACCGGGGAGCGGCCCUACCCCUGCGAGAUCUGCGGCAAGAAGUUCACGCGGCGCGAGCACAUGAAGCGGCACACGCUGGUCCACAGCAAGGACAAGAAGUACGUGUGCAAGUUGUGCAGCCGCGUGUUCAUGUCAGCCGCCAGCGUGGGCAUCAAGCAUGGCUCGCGGCGUCACGGCGUCUGUGCUGACUGCGCGGGCCGAGGCGUGGCCGGGCCCCUGGACGGCGGCGGCACUGAGGGCUCCCCCGAGCUGUUCCCUGGUGAUGGGCCCUACCUGGAAGACCCAGACGACCCGCGGGGGGAGGGCGAGGAGGAGCUGUGUGAGGACGAGGACGAGGUGGGCCUGGCCCACGAGGACGCGCUGCUGGUGGCCGAGAAGGAGGACGAGGACUCACCGCGGGGACCCGGCAGCCCCCCGGGCGCGCCCGACAAGGACUUCUCCUGGAUCUCCUAGGCCGCGGGGUGGGGGCCCUGCCACCCCUCCUGGGGGCGGGGCCGUGGCCAUGCCACCCCUCCACCAUGCGUGUGUGUGUGCACACGUGUGUGCGUGCGUGUGUGUGUGUGCGUGUGCACGCGUGUUUCCCUAGGGAUCUGCUCUCGCCUGGGGCCAGACCACGCUGACCCCCCUUUGUUCUGCUCCUGCCCCCAGACACACACGGAAGCCCGCGGGCUCUGAGGCAGGCAUGACCCCAGCGAGUCGGGGCUCCAGGACCGAACAGGAUGUUGGGGGGCACAGGGUGGGUUUGAGCAGAGGGAGAGCACACGUUCCCUCAUGUCUGAGGGGACGAAAGGAGGGUCCCCGGCAGGUACGUGUGGCUAGGGCAUCAAGGGAGCCCAUGUGGCCAGCUGGGCCUCAGGACGCACAAUGGCCCGAUGACCAGGUCACGGUCGGGGCAGGUCGGGGUCCUGAGCGUCGUCCCCGAGGCCACAGGUCCAAGGGACGUUAAGGAAGGUGUUGCAUACAUCCGAUGUCCAGUGCUGGAGUCCCCCCCCCCCCCCCGCCCCCUGCUCUGCUCAACCUUUCUCAGCAGCCUGGUCACUGCCUACGGCCACCACCGCAGCCUUCUGCCGCAGUCGUGGCCAUUCCUCUCGGAACCCAGGCCCAGUGUCCAGGAAGCCCCGGGGCCCUCCCGCCUCUGGGCUUUGGUGCUUCCCAUCGAACAGCUGCA